AUGGACCAGCUGGAGGCGGAGGAGGUGGUGGUCAGGGCGCCGGCGGCGUCCGGCGGGGUGAGGAGGGCCGGGGAGCCGGAGAGGCUGGCGCAGUGCCCCUGCCCGCGCUGCGAGUCCACCGACACCAAGUUCUGCUACUACAACAACUACAACCUCUCGCAGCCGCGCCACUUCUGCAGGGGCUGCCGCCGCUACUGGACGCGCGGGGGCGCGCUCCGCAACGUGCCCGUCGGCGGCGGCACGCGCAAGCCCAACGGCAGCCCCGCCGCCGUCCGCCGCAAGCGCCCCUCCCACUCCCACUCCCACUCCCACCACGCCGUCCCCGCCGCCGCCGCCUCUCAGGCCGCGCCGGUCGUCCCGCUCUCGGUCUCCGCGCCCGCGCCGCUCCCGCUGCCGCUGCUCCAGCCGCAGCCGCAGCCGCAGCCGCAGCAGUACGAGCUGACCUUCCUGCCGGCGUCCCUUUCGGCGGUGGACCCCGACCGCCGCCUGCUCGACCUCGGCGGCAGCUUCAGCUCCCUGCUCGCGCCGCCCGCGCCGCUGCUGCCCAACUUCGCCACCAGCUUCGUGUUCGGCGGCGCCGGCGCGGGGAUGGCAAUGGCCCACGCUCACGUCCCUGCUCUGCCGCAGCCGGCGCCGGUGGCAUCCCAGGCGCUGCCGGAGAGCUUCUGGGGCAUGGGGUGGCCGGACCUGUCCAUCUAGAGUCUCCAUCAACCUCCCCACCGGCCGGCGCGCGCAUCGCCAAGAUCAUGGAUGACGGCGGCCAAGCUCUAAUCGAUCUAGCAUUUUCUUUCGUUGACGGUAGCUUGUUAAUUAGUGUUACUUCUGCAUCCAUCCAUCCAUCCUCCAUGGUUAUCUUUUUGAGAGCUUUCGAAGCGAUCUUGAUCAAUCCGUCAGAGCUAGCGAUGAGUAUUUUGUUAGUUAGGUUCGUUCAGGAGAAAUGGUGCGGUUAUGAGAGUCGAUCUGAGGAUGGUGGUGAAGAUACUCAUGUUAAUCCGUGUGUUUUGUACUGUGUCCGCGACUGCAUGCAUGGUCUGCAGUCUGCUGAUGGUGCCAAGCGUAGAACUGAAACUGGAACUGAUGGAACGAUCGACGAUGGUAGCUUAUUGAUGUUGAAA